AUGGCUGUUAUCAAGGUUAUCACACUGACUAUGCAUAUGUCUCCUUCAGGCCAGUGCCAGGUGUCUACUACGCAGUGUCGUAUCCAGAAGUGCACCACAGACUUUGUUUCCCUGACUUCCCACCUGACGCCGGCCUUGGAUGGCUUCGACACUGAGUUUUGCAAGGCUUUGCGUGCCUACUCGGCCUGCACCCAGAGGACGGCCAAAUCCUGCCGGGGCAAUCUGGUCUUCCACUCUGCUGUCCUGGGCAUUUCAGACCUCAUGAGCCAAAGGAACUGCUCCAGAGACGGGCCCACCUCCACCACACACCCUGAGGUUCACCAUGAGCCAUGCAACUACCACAGUCGCACCCAGCAUGCUCACACACAUUCUCAUGCACACGGCCACACUCACAGCCACAGCCACCCUCAUGGCCACAGCCCCAGUCAAACCCAUGUGCAGCCUGGGUAUCUGUUCUGCGGGCUGUUUGGGGACCCACACUUGAGGACUUUUAAAGACAGCUUCCAGACAUGUAAGGUGGAGGGGGCGUGGCCUCUCAUUGAUAAUGACUACCUGUCAGUGCAGGUCACUAAUGUUCCAGUGGUAACUGGAUCCAGCGCUACAGCGACGAAUAAGAUCACCAUUAUUUUCAAACCCUAUGAGGGGUGUACAGACCAGAGGGUCUACCAGGCUGUCACGGACGACCUCCCCGCUGCCUUUGUUGAUGGCACUGUGAGCAGCGGAGAACCCAGCCACAGCUCUACCAGCAUAGAUGGUGGCACCAGUAAGGUCCGGGCACUGUGGAUCUCUGAGCGUAGCCCUGGACGCCAUGUGGAGCUGCACGCUGGCUACAUCGGCGUAACAGUGAUUGUCCGCCAGCUGGGCCGCUACCUGACCCUGGCUGUGCGGAUCCCUGAGGAUCUGGCCCAGGCCUACGACGCCACCCAGGACCUCCAGCUCUGUCUGAAUGGGUGCCCCAGUGGAGAGCGCAUUGACCGGGGAGGGCACUUACCCUUACCCUCGUCCCCUCCUGUGCUGGGCCUACAGCUCCAGCAGCCCCGUCGGCCAAGCCAGUUUUCACCCUACAGCGCCCCCCGUGGGUUUGGUGUGGAGGGGGCACGGGAACGCUGCCGAGAACAGCUGGAGGUGCAGGACAUUUACUUUCACUCCUGUGUGUUUGACCUCCUGACCACCGGGGACGCUAACUUCACAGCAGCAGCAUACAGUGCCCAGAAAGACAUGGAGAGUCUCCACCCCCACCGGGACAGAUGGAGGAUCUACCCCAGUAGUUCGGCCCUUGCCACCUUUCAUCCUGAUUCUCAGUCAGUUACAUGCCUUGUCCUGCUCCUGCUUUGUGCACUUAGUUCUGCGCUGAUAUAGAGCGCGUGCAUCAAUGUGUGCCUGUGAGUGUGUCUUUGAAUAUGCCUGUGUGUGUUGAUCCACAUGUAAGAGUAUGUGCGAGCGUGUGUGUGUGCAUGUGUGCGUGCAUACGUGUGUGUGUGUGUGCGCGCGCAGAUGCGUGCACUUGUGCAGUCCACAAGGAUGUGUUUUGCUGAGGUCUGACACGGACUCUAUUACUCAACAUCCCCUUGGAGGUUAUCUUCUCUCAUGUGUAGAGAAAGCGCUGGACUGUAAAGUGACACUAAGCACUAGAAGGUUUUCUUGUGCUUCAGCAGACUGGCAGAGAGACCUAAAGAGAGCACAGGAGAUACAAGCAACAUGUGAGGCCUCUUGCUGCCGGGGCUGACUUGACAUAAUCAACUCUCUGUGGGACAACACAGGAGACAUGAUGAUGUCCGACACAAUCACUGUUCAUCGUGGGAUAGGAAACCAUGGACAAUGAUCCAAACAUUCCUAUGAGUGUGUAUAUGUGUGCACGACACAACCUGUAUACACUCCAGAUUGUAAAUAGUGUGUGUUGUUCUCGGUGCACGUUGUAAUGACGUAGAGUUUGAUUCUUUGUGUGCCAUGCCAUGUGAUUGUUUUCAUACCUCAGACAGAGGAUGUUGGUUUUAACAAAAGCACUUUAUUUUGAUUUGAUUUGAUUUUUUUUUACAAAUCCACAUCAGUGUUUCUUCUCUCACACGUUUUCCUUUCCCUACAACCUUCCCUUGGAUGUCACCUCGAAAGAUAAUAUUGGCUCUUGUCAGUACGCAGGUCCAUUGAACACAAUGGGCUGAUGUUUGUGCUAAAAGUUAAAAGUGAUUGAGUUGACUCAGCCCUUGAUCUGACGUCAGUUAAUGUGAAUUGUUCUUCGUUGAAUGUAUUCUGAAUCUUGUCAUGGCAAUUGUCACCUGUACAGUCUAUUUACAGUUUAAUCUCUGUUUUUUCCCCCCUUAGUCCUGAUUUAAAUGUGUCUAAGGGUUGUGUGAAACGUGCGUGUGUUGCUCAUUGAGAACUUUUCACUGAUUUGUAAUUAUAACAUGCCUUGGUGUGUUGUUAUUUCCACUGAACUACAUGUAAGGAGCAUUCUCACUUCUUUGCCAAUCACUUAAGACUGCAUCAGCUCACGUAUGUUGCUCCGCUAGCUGUUUUUUUUUUGUCGUUUAUUUGAGCCAAAGACAGAGGAAGCCUUGUCAGAAAGAGGAAUGCCAGUUUUCAUGUACAAAGAGAAUCACUGCUCCCUACCAAGCCAGCACCCGGUUCUCCCUACAGGCCUCCUAUAUCUUUUUUGUCAAUUUGCUACUGUAGAUUCCUACUGCCAGAACUGAUGAGCUGCUCCUCACUGAGACACAUUUAAAAGACUGGAAUGUAGACACACACACUGCUCAUUACUGAGAAAACUAGUACACAGUGUCUGCAGGGAAAUGAUCUCAAAUGAAACUACACAGAAAUGUGUAAUAGGUACUUAGACAUCCGUCAUGACUAUGAGCCUUUAUGACGUGGUCGGCCAUGUAAGCCCACGCUCAGUCUCUGGCAUUGUGAUCUCUUAAGUGAUGUGUGAGUGUCCGUUUGUUGGAGAGUGACUGCUCAGUGUUGAAAUACUUUUAACUUAUUUAUAAAUGUAGUGUCCUGUAGAGGAAGUUAAGCUCCAUAUUCUUGCUGUUGGAUAAUAAUAUUAAAAGAAAAAGUCAGACGUGAUUGUACUGCCACCUAGUGGUCAUUUCUUGCUAUGUCAGUGUUUUACUCAACGUGCGCUAAAAAGAAAAACAUGGAGGGAAAAAAUGUGUGCGUUUUAUUUUAAAAAAGAUAAAUAAAUAAAAAAGACAAACAA